AUGGCUUCUUCAAACAACUUGGAGCUAGGAGAUGUCAGUACAAGACAUGGAGCAGAUGACCACAUCUAUCUCGGGAGCUCAGCUACAAUCAGAGGAUUUGAGAACCCAUCCUAUGAAGAGAUUGGGGAAACCGCCUUUGGCCAAGAGUCACAGGACGUCCAGGGUUUGAGCCCUUUGUCUGAGGUUAGGGGGUGGGCUGCAAAAGAGAAUGGAUCUCCUCACUCUGAGGACAGUCGAGACGCAGAGUCAGGAACACACUCUGUGGAUUAUGGUUUUAUCUGUUCGCUGGUCUUGUUGGUGUGUGGCAUAGUGCUCGUGGCGGUGGCGUACACUAUACCACGGGAAGUCCGAGUCAGCCCAGAUUCUGUGUCCGCACGAGAGAUGGAGAGGUUGGAAUUGUACUAUGCACGUCUUGGCUCACACCUAGACAAGUGCAUCAUUGCGGGGUUAGGAUUACUUACUUUAGGAGGAACACUCCUCUCAUUGCUCCUUAUGGUUUCCAUAUGUAAGGGUGAGCUGUACCGCAGGAGGAAAUUUACCACAUCCAGAGGACCAAGGACAAAAUAUGGCUCCCUCAAUUUAAGAAUGAGACAAGUGACUACAGAGGGUGGGCAGGUGCUGGUAGAACAUGAAGUUCUUGAAAUGACAAACAAUGUUAACCAGUAUCAACAGGAGUCUUGA